CUCCCAACUUGCCCAUUCUAUUCCAUAUCUCACAAAUUUCCAAUUUAGGCCACCACUCAUCACCAUGCUCUUGGGAGUUUGAGACUCCGAUCCCACUCCCAUCAACAGAGAUACAAAGAAAAGAGAUUUCAGUUUUUUGACCUUCUAAAGGGAGAGAAAGGCAUAGUAGUUUUUGUUUUUGGACUUUUUAUAGGAGAGAGCCAUUUGAGAUUAUUUCUGUUUGCCACCAAAUUAAUCUUUUUUAUGUGACCUUUAAAUCUUUGUGCCUCAAAAACUCCAAGUGGGUCAUUCUUUCUUGGUUUCCUGAGGUCCUACUAUCCCCCUUGUUUGUCUUUGGCUUUGCUGUCUCUCUGCUGCAUCUCUGACCUUUUCUUGUUUCCAAGCUUAACCCUCCUUAAGACUCUUUUUUCUCUCUUUUAUGUACCUAUCUGCCUUAUAUCCAAGAAAGAUCCAUUCUUUUCUGUCCUGGUAUUGGUGUAUUCUUGUUGAAGGCAACAAAUAUCAAUUCUUGUUAGCGGGAUAGUCAUUUUUUGUGUAUUGCAUGUAAGUAGACAAGGAGUUUGAGCUGGAACUUUUGUUUCUUUAUGAAGUAAGGGUGUUGCUGUUCCCUGGAAAAGAAGGUUUCUUCUUUCAAUUCAAGCAUCUGGGCGUUCUUGAUAUUAGAAAAGCUGAACUUGGUAUUGCUUGAAUUGGUUAUUAAAAGCUUAUUGGAUUUGAUGGGUUGAUUUUUGGUCAGUUAAUGUUGUGGGGUUUUGAGGCCUUUUCGUUUGUUUGAACUUAAUUUGUGUUUCUCUUGGUUUUGUUCUAGACUUUUAGUGAUUGAGAUUUCAUGCUUGGUCCAAGGCAAUGGAGAGGUUUAUGGCCUGAUUUUUAUUGCUUUAGCAUUGAACAAAUCAGUAUAAUACUAUGAAGAACUUUCUUAAGAAGCUUCAUAUCAUGCCCAAUCAAUCACAGGAUGCAGAGGGGUCGAAUUCUUCAAGAGGCCAUAAGUCCAGUAAUGAAUCAUCCUCUGAUAAUAAGUUUCUGCAUUCUAGGUUGCAGGAGAAUAAGCCCUUUUCGGGUCUUUCAAAUUGGUUAAGUUCAGUUGCUAAUAGGAAAAGUCCUAGCCCACCAUCUUCAAAUGUGACUAGAGGAGAGAGGGUGGAGCAACCGGAGUCGAUUAGUAGUAGUGGUUUUGAUGUUUCAGAAGGUGCAAGGCGUGAUUCAGUGUCUUCCACCUCCAGGGAUCCUGAUGUUGAGGAGGAGUUUCAGAUACAGCUUGCUUUGGAGUUGAGUGCAAGAGAGGAUCCUGAGGCAGUCCAGAUUGAGGCUGUUAAGCAAAUAAGCUUGGGCUCUUGUGCACCUGAGCAUACUCUUGCCGAACUCAUUGCUUAUCGAUUUAUGCGUGCUUCACAGAAUUACAAUGCUCUUAGCUAUGAUGACAAGGUCUUGGAUGGUUUUUAUGAUCUCUAUGGUAUCAUGACCGAGUCCACAUCAGACAAGAUGCCUUCUCUUGUUGAUUUGCAAGCAACACCAGUCUCAGGUGGUGUCACCUGGGAAGCAGUGCUGGUCAAUAGGGCCGCUGACGCUAAUUUGUUGAAACUUGAAAAGAAGGCACUAGAGAUUGCUGUCAAGUCAAGGUCAGAAUCUCAAGUUUUCAUAGGCGUGCGGAGGCUUGCUGUUUUAGUUUCUGAUUACAUGGGUGGAUCAGUUGGGGAUCCCAGCAACUUGUCAAGAGCAUGGCGGAGUCUUAGCUACAGUUUGAGAGCAACCCUUGGUAGCAUGGUUUUGCCACUUGGUUCUCUUACAAUUGGCUUGCCUCGUCAUCGUGCAUUGAUGUUCAAGGUUUUGGCUGAUAGUGUUGGUAUACCAUGUCGGUUGGUAAAAGGGCAUCUGUACACCGGUUCUGAUGAUGUGGCUAUGAACUUUGUAAAGAUUGAUGAUGGAAGGGAAUACAUUGUUGAUCUAACUGCGGAUCCUGGCACACUUAUUCCUUCUGAUGCAGCUGGAUCACAUAUAGAAUAUGAUGAUUCAUUCUUUUCUUCCAGUCCUUUUUCUAGAGACAUUGACUCUUAUCGUAUAGCUUCUUCUAGUAGUGGACACACAAGUUCAUUUGAAGAACAUUCAGAAUUAGGGACAUUGGAAAAGAGAUUCAGAUCGAGAAAUAUUGCUGCUUUAGGGAACCAAUCUGAUGUUAGAGGUGACUCUCAUGAGGGUGCUAGUUUAACUAAGCCGAGCAAAGGUGAAGAAGAAUCUACAAUUUCCUUGAAUGAUUUUGGAAAAAUUUCCAUUGCUGAGAAGGUGCCAGUGCAGGAACUUCCUGGCAGACCUAUUUACCCUUCUUCACAUGCACGCUCUCCUUCUUGGACUGAAGGUGUUAGUUCUCCUUCCGUGCGUAGAAUGAAAGUGAAAGAUGUUUCACAAUAUAUGAUAGAUGCUGCAAAAGAGAAUCCACAGUUAGCCCAGAAACUUCAUGAUGUGUUACUUGAAAGUGGUGUUGUUGCGCCUCCUAAUUUGUUUACUGAGAUUUAUGCUGAACAGUUAAAUGCGUCUACUGCUGAGGCCACGUCCCCAACAGAAGACAAGGAUGGUCACAAAAAGAGGACUGAAAUCCGAUAUGUGAAGGAUCAAGAUGAACUUGUUCCUGCUCGAUUUUUUCCUCUACUGCCUCCUAAUGAACUGCCAUAUAAAUCCAGUUCACCUGGUAAUCAACCUGAGCAAUCUAAACCUGUGGAAGGUUUAGGUGUCAAACAUCCUUUUGAUACAAAGGAGAUCACUGGACUACCCAUAUCAUUGCAGUCUGAAGUUACUCCUGUGAAAUAUGUAAAAAAGGUUCCUGUAGCUGCAGCAGCAGCAGCUGCUGCUGCUGUUGUUGCAUCUUCUAUGGUUGUUGCUGCAGCAAAGUCAAGUACUGACUCAAACCUUGAACUACCUGUAGCAGCUGCUGCCACUGCCACUGCUGCAGCAGUGAUGGCAACCACUGCAGCUGUCAACAAGCAAUAUGAGCAGGGUGCACGAAGUGAUGGAGAUGCAGAUAGUGCUGGUUAUGAGCCACACGGAAGUGGGGACAAGGGAAGUGGGGGCCGUGGCAGUGGGGGCCGUGGCAGUGGAGGCCGUGGCAGUGGCGGCCGAGAACACAAAGCUUUAGUUGUCAAUUCAGAAGGUGAGAGAAUAUCCGACAGAUUGGCUGUCAAUGAUCGCUCAAAAUCUGAUGCUGGACUGGAUGAUGUUGCAGAGUGUGAGAUUCCAUGGGAGGAAAUUACCUUGGGUGAACGAAUUGGACUUGGAUCAUAUGGAGAGGUAUAUCGUGGAGACUGGCAUGGAACUGAAGUUGCUGUGAAGAGGUUCCUAGACCAAGAUAUUACGGGUGAAUCUCUUGCAGAAUUCAGAAGUGAGGUUCGAAUCAUGAAGAGAGUCAGGCAUCCCAAUGUGGUUCUCUUCAUGGGAGCAGUAACUCGUGCCCCUAAUCUUUCAAUUGUUACAGAGUUUAUUCCUAGAGGUAGUUUGUAUAGAUUACUUCACCGGCCUAACAAUCAAUUGGAUGAUCGUAGGCGUUUGAGGAUGGCUCUUGAUGCUGCUCGAGGAAUGAAUUAUUUACACAGCUGCACCCCAAUGAUAGUACACCGUGAUUUGAAGUCCCCAAAUCUUCUGGUUGAUAAAAACUGGGUAGUGAAGGUAUGUGAUUUUGGGUUAUCGAGGAUAAAGAACAGCACAUUUCUAUCUUCAAGAUCAACAGCAGGAACGGCAGAGUGGAUGGCCCCAGAAGUGCUAAGAAAUGAACCUUCAGAUGAAAAGUGCGAUGUUUAUAGUUUUGGUGUUAUUUUAUGGGAGCUCUCUACUUUGCAACAACCAUGGGGUGGAAUGAACCCAAUGCAAGUUGUUGGUGCGGUUGGAUUUCAACAUCGCAGUCUUGACAUUCCAAAUGAUAUGGAUCCUGCAAUUGCUGAUAUAAUUAGGAAGUGCUGGCAGACAGAUCCAAGAUUGAGGCCAACAUUUGCAGAAAUCAUGGCUGCGCUGAAGCUAUUGCAGAAGCCUAUAACUGGUCCACAAGUGCCUAGACCAAAUUCAGCGUUGAGAAGUGGGCAUUAGAAGGGUCAGCUGUCGCAAGGAGCUGAAGAUCAGGCAGGUUAGCAGAGCAAGUAGGUGCCUAAACUGAGCAUUAACUUCGUUGGAUUGCCUAAAUAUGGAGGCAAAUCGCAGACUGCUUGGGACAAGAACGAGAGAGAGAUUGGUCGAAGACCAGACAUAUGCUUUGAUUUGAGAUGUUUGUGGUUCUUUUUCUGUUUUCCCUUGUUUUAUUUUCUUGUUCAGCCGUUCUCAAGGUUGUAUAUUUCUUUGUAAAAAUUUUCACAUAUGAACUGGAGAAGCAACAACAUAGUUGUAAACCAUUUUUUUUUAGCCA